AUGGUCAAAAAUCAGGACACUAAACGUGUGUCAGGGACACGCGCCGGCAGACAAGCUAGUAAAGCUAACAAUGUUGACAAGAAACGGACGUUAGUCGAAGCCGAAGAACCCAGCGAUGAUGAACUUAUGGUGGAAGGCAUCAUUGAUGAUGAAGCCGACGAAUCUGAUGAACAGGAUGAAGAAGAAGAGGAAGAUAGUGACGCAGACGAAACUGCUCAGUUCCAAUCUGCUGAGGAGGGAUACGAGGACGAAGAGGAAGAGGACUCUGAUGAAGAGUUCAACACACUUCUAGCCGAGCAAGAGCCCGAGAACGGUGGCUUGGAUGCCAACGAGUCCUUGGAAUUUUCUGAAGACAGCGACUCGACUUCCAUGAUCGACAAACUCUCCAGCAUCAAACUAAAUACCAUUCCAGAUGGUGUACACACGGAAUUCUCAGACGGCAGGCCUCGUGUCAUAAAACCAGAGAUUAAUCCGAUCUAUGAUAGCGACGAUAGUGACGUUGAGACUCGCAACACCAUCGGUAACAUUCCAUUAUCCGCGUAUGAUGAGAUGCCCCACAUCGGAUACAGCAUUAACGGUAAAAGAAUAAUGAGGCCAGCUAAAGGUUCUGCUUUGGAUCAACUGCUUGACACCAUCGAACUUCCAGAGGGAUGGACUGGCCUUUUGGACAAAGACACCGGGGAAAGUCUUAACUUAAGCCAAGAGGAGUUGGAGCUAAUCUCAAAGAUCCAGCAGAACGAAAAGACUGAUGAUUCUGUAGAUCCAUACCAACCUUAUGUUGACUGGUUUACGAGACAUACCGAAAACACUCCAUUAACUGCAGUCCCAGAACCAAAGAGGAGAUUUGUUCCUUCAAAGAAUGAAGCUAAGAAAAUCAUGAAGAUUGUAAGAGCCAUUAGAGAAGGUCGUAUUAUCCCUCCAAAUAAAUUAAAGGAAAUGAGAGCUCAAGAAGAAGAGGCUCGUGAUUACGAUCUAUGGGGAGCUAGCAACGAGAUGGACGAUCAUGUCAUGAAUUUGAGAGCGCCAAAACUUCCUCCUCCAACAAACGAAGAGAGUUAUAACCCUCCUGAGGAAUACCUAAUGUCCAAAGAGGAAAAAGAUGAGUGGGAGAAACUAGAACCAAGUGAAAGGGAAAAGAAUUUCAUUCCCCAGAAGUACGGUGCCUUAAGAAAGGUUCCUGGAUAUGGUGAAUCUGUAAGAGAGAGAUUUGAAAGGUCUUUAGACCUGUAUCUGGCCCCAAGAGUGCGCAAGAACAAGCUUAACAUCGAUCCAGAGUCUUUAAUUCCUGAGUUGCCCUCUCCUAAGGAUCUACGGCCAUUUCCAACUCGUUGCUCAACGAUAUAUCGCGGUCAUGAGGGAAGAAUCAGGACGCUUUCGAUUGAUCCCAGUGGGUUGUGGCUUGCCACGGGUUCCGAUGAUGGAACUGUGAGAAUUUGGGAGAUUUUGAGUGGGAGAGAAGUUUACAAAGUUGAAAUUGUAGACACUAAAGAAAACAAAGACGACAAUGUUGAUGUCGUGGAGUGGAACCCGGAUCAAUCCACUGGAAUUCUUGCAAUUGCAGCUGGAGAUAACAUCUAUUUGGUUAUUCCACCUAUUUUUGGAUUUGAAAUUGAAAACAACGGCAAAACGAAGAUUGAAGACGGUUUCGGAUUCGACACUUUCGGCAAUGUUAAGAAGUCAAACCUCAAUGUUAAUAGCGAUGAUGAGACCGAGCAAACAGAAACAUCUGCGGUAAAGAGUCAAGUAGCGCAAUGGAAUAAGCCAAGUCAGAAGCAGGCCGAGAAAGACAUAGCUGUCGUCAUCACUUGCAAGCACACUGUUAAGAAACUCUCAUGGCAUAGAAAGGGUGACUACUUUGUUACUGUUCAACCCAAAUCUGGCCACACCUCUGUGCUCAUACAUCAACUCUCCAAGCAUUUGUCGCAAUCACCUUUCAAGAAAUCUAAGGGUAUUGUGAUGGAUGCUAAGUUUCAUCCUUUUAAGCCCCAGCUAUUUGUUUGUUCUCAAAGAUAUGUGAGAAUUUACGACUUGUCGCAGCAGGCACUGGUGAAGAAACUAAUGCCUGGUGCGCGUUGGUUAUCCACUAUUGAUAUCCACCCAAGAGGUGAUAACUUGCUCGCAUCGUCCUUUGACAAGCGUGUUCUAUGGCAUGAUUUGGACUUGGCAAGCACGCCUUACAAAACCUUGAGAUAUCACGAAAUGGCUGUCAGAAGCGUUACCUUCCACAAAAAACUACCGUUAUUCUGUUCGGCCUCCGAUGAUAGUAUUAUUCACGUUUUCCACGCUACAGUUUACGACGAUAUGUUGAAGAAUCCUUUAUUAGUACCACUCAAAAAGUUGGAAGGCCACAAGACUGUCAACAGUCUUGGUGUUCUAGACUUGGUGUGGCACCCAAGAGAAGCCUGGCUAUUCUCUGCCGGUGCUGAUCACACAGCCCGCCUGUGGACUAGCUGA